CAACCGUCAAGAAAAUAUGUUCGUUACAGUCAAUUUGGACGAAGAGACCUGUAUGGUUAAGAUUCAAAUUAUAAUAAAUAUCGAAGAAAACAAUCUUUAGUGAAAAUAAAAGCAAGAUGCCUUCACGUGGAAAAUAUCAAAUUGCAAAUCAGAAAGAUCGUAAAAUAGCACAAAGAGAUCAAUCUUUUAGAAAUUGUGUAGCUACGCUAUUUGUGUUCUUUAUAUUAUUCUUGCUCGUUCUUAUUGCAAAUUUAUUAUGGAAAAAAACUAAUACUUCUUCAUCUUCACCUUCCUCAACUAACGUUGAUGAGAAACACUUAAUGGGAUACCAAUAUAAUAAUGGAUAUAAAAAAUCAGAAGAAACUACAACUACAACUGGAAACACAAUCGACAAAUCAAUCGACAUUAUUACAGGAGAAUAUAUAUCUAGUAAUGAAAAGACAUCUCAUAACUUUGAAAACAAUACAACAAUGCAAAAAUUUUUAGAAAUGAGUACUUCGAGAAGUCCAUCAGAUAUUAUAAAUACUCUGAGUAAUGAUACUAUUAUAACAACAAAUUUACAAAAUCGAAUUAGUACAACUGUUAGAAGAAUGGAAUCUACAGAAGAGCCAAAAGUUCAUUAUAGCAAUAUUACUGAUACAAUCUUAUUUGAAAAUGAAGUUUCUGAAAACGAACAAGAAAACAGUUCUACAAUGACUUUAACAAUAAUUGCAGAAACAACAAACGAAAGUAUUGAUAAAACUGAAUCUGAUAGUCAAGUAUCUACUAAAUACUCAACUAUUUCUACAGAUAAUGAAUUUGUUUCUAACAGUUCUUCAUUUGAUCAAAUUAGUUCUAAGGAUAAUACAAAUACUAUUACAGAAAAACUAAAUAACAUAACAACUGCACCUUUUUUCUAUCUAAAUACAUCUGAUCUGUCUACUAUAACAGAUAUCACUAAAAAAAACAAUUCUUCUUUAAUAAAUAAUUCUACUAAUCAAUUCUUAUCAUCAACAACUUAUAAACCUAUUGAAUUUAUAUCAAAAUCAACAGACUUUAUGAAAAUUUUACUUCCACAAGUGGAAAAUACCUUUACAAAGGAAACAGUAAUAAUGAACGAAUUUGUAACAAAUACAUUUAUGACAUCAAACACAGAGUCUAUUUUUACUACAGAUAGUUAUAUUACAGAUAUUGAAAAUAAUAUAUGUAAUUCAGGACAAUGCAAACAAAUAGCUGCUAAAAUAUUAUCCUAUAUGAAUCAUUCUGCUGAUCCAUGUGAAGAUUUUUAUGAAUAUGCUUGUGGUGGAAUGAUAGCAGAUCCACAAAUCAUAGACCUAAAUUUGGCAAACAAGGCAUAUCACAGAAUAGCUGAACAAAUGUUGAAAGAUGCUAAUAGAGAUCCACCUUCUCCAUUUACUAAAUACUACAACAGUUGUAUGAAAUAUGAAAAUAUAAAUAUAGAUGAAAGAAUAGUGAUAGGUAAGUAUUCAAUUUUAAUGCAAUUAAUAUUGUUAAAUACAAAGGAAUAUCUUUUAGUAAAUGAAGCAAUAAAUAAAAUACAAAGAUUUGAUCACGAAGAAUUUAAGAGUAAUUUCACGAAUUUAUAUGCUGAAUUAUUAAAAAGCUAUAGCCCUUUAUUAUUUGACGUGGCUGUGGAUCUUGAUGAAAACAAUCCAAGUUCAUAUACUAUCAGAGUAGGACCUGUACUUGAUAAAAAUCUAUUUGAUAGUGAAAACACAGAUGAUUUUUGCUAUGCAAGUGAAGCUGAAAUACAAAAACAAUUUGUUGAUCUUGAAGAUAUUUAUGAAGACUAUACAACAUGCAAGCAAAAUAAUACAAGAUUUGUAAGUUCUAUAACAAAUGCUUUAAAGGCACUUGGAGUUUUUAAUAAUUCUGAUAACAUGGAGCAAAAUGUGAGCAUUACAGUAUUUAAUAUUGAUAACGAAAUAGUGCAGAAAUUCUUUUCUCUAUUUCCAUCUGAGAACGAAAUUCGUAAAGCAUAUUUAAUGAAGAAUUAUACUGAAGUGUCAAUAGAUGAAUUAAAUAAAACAACUACAUUUAUAAAUUGGUAUAAUUUAACAACUUCAUUAAUAUCCAAAAAUGUAAAUACAAAAUUCCAAGUUUAUUUUUAUGAAGAAUUAGUAAAAGGUUUACAAAAUUUAGAAGCUUUUUGGAAGAACGAACCAAUGUAUUUUCACAAUGCUAUUUUAAGUCUAUAUGCACAAAAACUUUAUCAUGAAUUAAUAAUAACAAAAAAUCAAGAUAUGAAACAACAUUGCCUCAAAGUUAGUACAAAUCUAUUAAGAUCUGAAGCCUCUAACUUGUAUAUGUCUUCACUGUCUAAUAAAGAGAUUACAUUUAUGAAUCGUACGGUAAGAAUACUCUUUGAUGAACUAAAAGAAACUUUAAAACUAGAAAUAAAAAAGAGAUCAUGGGUAACAGAUGAAGAACGUCAAGCAUUGCUGUCAAAGAUAAAUGAUCUUAAGCUCUCUAUACCGGAAGUUUCAUACUUUCAGUACGAAGAAGAAUAUAAGUUGAAUCUAUCUGACAAUUACUUGGAAAACUCUUUAAAUUUGAUGAGAAGAUAUAGAUUAUCAAUAUAUUCUGUAAUAUCAUCAGAGAUAAAUCCUGAUACACCAAAACAAAUGUACGUAUAUAUAGAUAUUUAUUUUACUUAUGUCAAUGAGAUUUUUUAUUUUGAUAUAUUACAUUGCAGUUGGACACACUAUGCUACACCUUUUCAAUCGAAAGGCGUUGCAGUUUAUAGUUUGAAUCUUAUUAUUAUACCUUUUGGUGCAAUUGAUUAUGGUGACGUGUUUAUAUCAAAUUAUGAAAGUUCAUUUAGUUAUUUAACAUGGGCGACAAUUGGCAAUUUAAUAGCGCGUCAAAUUUCUCAUCAUUUUGAUCCAAAUGGUAUGCACUAUUGGAAUCAAACUCGAAACACUAUCUAUUCUCUGGUAAGCAAACAUACAAUGUUUGAAGAUUAUAUAUCCUGCCAUAAAGAUAGUAUUUACAAAGAAAAGAUGAACAUGACACUGCCACUUACUUCUCAGAAAAUAUCUUUUAAGAUUUCAGAAUUAACAUUAAACGAAUAUUUCUCCGAAAUCAUGGGACUUAGAUUAACACAUGAUACUUUUGAAAGGCUACGAUCGUUUUCAAAGAAUUAUCUUCCGUGGCUAGAACCAAACAUAAAUCAAUUAUUCUACCUUACUUAUGCUCAGAUGUAUUGUACGAAAUCGUUAUUGACAACAUCUUAUAUCUCUCUUCAUGAAAACGAAGAAUUACCUAGCCGUAUCCGUGUCUUCGUUUCUGCAUCUAACAAUAACUUACUGGGCGAAACAUGGAAUUGUUCUAAAGGAUCACAAAUUGUCCCCAGUAUUACUUGUGAUGUCUUUCCAUACCUCAAAGAAUCAGAAGAUACCGUAAUCUUUUCCAACUGAUUAUAACACAAAGAAAAAUUAUCUUUUAAGAUAAAGUACUACUAAUAACAA